UUAGCAGAGUAUAAUACCAAAAAUACCCCCUUAACCCACGGACAAUAAUCCAACGGUCGAGUUUGAUGAUACGUGGUUCAAUAUGAAUGAAUAGGACAAGUCACAACCCACAAAUGAACAUUCUCUUGACUAAUCAUUCAGACAAGCAUUUAUCUCAUAUUCUCAUUUGUCCCUGAAAAUGAAACCCCAUCGAAACUCAGCUCGAAAAGAUGUUCGAAAAUCACUGCUCAACAACCUUAUUAAUGGCACACUAACUGGCAAACCCUUCUUCAGCCACAAACUCUCUUCUCAAACACUGUCCACAAUCAUUUUCUUAGCCCCUCUGUUUUUUUUUUUAAGAAAUAAGUGAAAUACAAAUAAUUAGCUCGCAUUACCGAUUUGCAACGAGCACAGAAAACGAAAAAUGAUGAAGCUUUCGGUUCAGCCACAGAGCCCAGCAAGUGACUCUGAUGAAAUCUAUCAAGCAGAUGAUCAAAGGAUAGCUAUUCCAGCCAGGUUUAAUGCAACAACAGAUAGUUUCGAGAAAAACGAACAUUCAUGGAAAAUUAUGUCUCAAGUUCCAACAGAUCUGUCGAUUCAAGUUCAAGAUGUCACAUUCUAUGUUCAUAAGUACCCACUGAUUUCAAGAUGCGGUUACUUUAGCCGCGUAGAAUUUCAAUUUCCAAAAUCGAAUCUCAAUUGCGACAUCGAGCUCGAUAAUCUUCCAGGUGGCCCAGAGACAUUUGAAACAAUAUUAAAAUUCUGUUACGAUAUACCGAUAAACUUGAAAGUAAACACUGUGGCAGCCCUAAGAUGUGCGUCAGAAUAUCUCGAAAUGACAGAAGCACUAGAAGACGGAAACUUAAUCUCCAAGACCGAAGCUUUCUUCACAUUCGUGGUCCUCUCUUCUUGGGGGGGCUCGAUCACUGUCCUAAAAUCGUGCGAAUCUCUGUCCCCAUGGGCAGAGAAUCUUCAAAUUGUCCGAAGAUGCUGCGAUUCAAUAGCCUGGAAGAUUUCUCAAGAAGCUUCCGAAGUAAUAAACGGAGAAAAAAACUGGUGGUUCGAAGAAAUGUCCACUCUUCGAAUCGACUAUUUCACGAGGAUCGUAACGGGGUUAAGGGCAAGAGGGUCAAAACCCGAGAUUAUAGGUUCGUGCAUCGUCCAUUACGGGGAGAGAUGGUUGCCAGAAGGAAGAGGAAACGAGUUGCAAUGGAAUAUCACAGGUGGCGCUAUACGAGAGGAGGAUAGUCGACCAAUCAGAGAGCAGAGAAUCAUAGUAGAGAGUCUAGUCAGCUUAUUACCUUCGGAAAAGGAAGCGGUUUCUUGUAAGUUUUUAUUGAAGAUGUUAAAAAUGGCGAUUCUUUACUCUGCUUCUCCAGCUUUAGUAGCGGAGCUAGAAAAGAGAACGGGGCUCGUGUUAGAAACUGCAGAUGUUAACGAUCUUCUUAUUCCUAGUUACACAGCUGGCAAUAAGAUAAAGCUGAUAAGUUCUACAGAAGAAAACAUCAUGCACAAUGUAGACGUAGUGCAGAGGAUUUUGGAAUACUUUUUGCUGUACGAACAACAGCAACAGCAGCAGCUGCUACCGGGACCGUUAGCUGUCAGUAAACUUCUAGACAACUAUUUAGCAGAAAUCGCAAAAGACCCUAAUCUUCCGGUAACUAAAUUCCAGUUCUUAGCUCAGUCCUUGCCUGAAAAUGCUCGGAAAAGUGACGAUGGCCUCUACAGAGCAAUUGACACCUAUCUCAAGACUCAUCCAUCGCUAUCGGACCAUGAUCGGAGGAGGCUAUGCAAAGUGAUGAACUGUGGGAAGCUUUCAGUAGAUGCGUGCGCACAUGCUGCACAGAAUGAUAGGUUACCACUAAGAACCAUGAUCCAGGUUCUAUUCGCAGAGCAAAUGAAAAUAAGAGCCACGGUUCAAGGAAAAAGUCAAACUGAAAUAGCUGACAACUCGGAUCAAGAAAGUAGUUGGUUAUCGACAAACAAAGAGGUCAAAGCCCUCAAACUAGAACUCGAGAAAGUAAAAUCACAAAUGGCUGAGAUGCAACGAGAUCACUCAGACCUACAACAGGAACGUCAAAAGCAAAACAUCAAGCAAGGGAAUUCGUCGGGUUGGACAAUUAGAUGGCAGAGAAUCAGAAAGUCGGCCCUUUUCAAUUUAAAAACAGACGGUGAAGAAACUGAUGAAGUCAAUAAGAGGCCAAACAAUAUUGGCAAGGGCAGCUUUCGCCGAAGGCAAUCCUUAUCCUGAGAAAUCUUAAAUAUAUACAAAGCCAACGUAAUAUGGGUCAUUUUUUAAUAUAAAACAGAUUUGUUUAGGUUCAUUAGAUAGUGUCGAUUAAAAUAUUUUCUUUGAUUUCAUGAAUGUUAGGAAAUUUAUCUAAUCCCUCUUGGGACAUAGAUAUUGUUUAUAAGAUCGUCGAGCGUGAAUUCCAGGAGUGUUGUAUUUUUUAAAUAGAAGAAGUGGUUGCUGGUAUUUUAUGUUUUCAUCGUUA